GGUUCUCCUCCUUAAGCGUUUACCUCCUCCUCUGCUUCAAAUCUCUAUCUCUCUCUCUCUCUCUCUCUCUCUCUCUCAUAUCUUUCAUCUCUCUCCUCCUUUUAUCAAGAACCAAAUUGUCGUCGGUCAUCCUCAAAACUCGACCCUCUUCCCAUUUGACGAAGACCCAUUUCUCCAAUUUCUCCAAUUUUCCCCCUUUUCCUUUCUCUUUCAACUCUCUCCCCAUUUCCCCUGUUUCAAUUUUCUUGCCCUCCAUGGAGUUCUGUUCUCAGAUCCAUGGAAACCUCACCUUCAUUCCUUUGUAAUGUGUCUCUUUCUCGUUUCAUUUUUUGUAGAUUUGACUUUCAGAUCCAUGUUCUAGUGUACCAAAUCGGAGCUUCAACCUAAGCCUUUCAGAAAUCGCCGCCCCACGAUCCAGACCGACAGCCGAAAUGAAGGGUUCGAGUCGUUUCUUCACGAUCGGGCUUGUAACUUCGUGGUACUCCUCCAACAUUGGUGUUCUUUUGUUGAACAAGUAUUUGCUGAGCAACUAUGGGUUCAAGUACCCGAUCUUCUUGACCAUGUGCCAUAUGACGGCUUGCUCUUUGCUUAGCUAUGUUGCGAUUGCUUGGUUGAAGAUGGUUCCGAUGCAGACGAUUCGAUCUCGGAUCCAAUUUUUGAAGAUUGCUGCUCUUAGCUUUGUCUUCUGUAUUUCUGUUGUCUUUGGUAACAUUUCUCUUAGGUAUUUGCCGGUUUCCUUCAACCAAGCUGUUGGGGCCACCACGCCUUUCUUUACGGCGGUUUUUGCUUACCUUAUGACGAUGAAGAGGGAAGCUUGGCUCACUUACGUUACUCUCAUCCCUGUUGUUACUGGGGUCAUUAUUGCUAGUGGGGGUGAACCGAGUUUCCAUCUGUUUGGAUUUAUAAUAUGUGUUGCAGCUACAGCCGCAAGGGCACUCAAAUCAGUACUGCAAGGAAUUUUGCUCUCUUCUGAAGGAGAGAAGCUGAAUUCCAUGAAUCUUCUUCUGUACAUGGCUCCUAUAGCCGUUGUCUUUCUGCUGCCUGCCGCACUAUUUAUGGAAGAAAACGUGGUUGGUAUCACUCUGGCUCUUGCUCGAGAUGAUAAAAAGAUCAUCUGGUAUCUGCUAUUCAACUCUUCACUUGCCUAUUUUGUAAACUUGACCAACUUUUUGGUUACCAAGCACACCAGUGCAUUGACACUUCAGGUGCUCGGAAACGCAAAGGGUGCUGUUGCGGUGGUGAUUUCAAUUUUGAUUUUCAGAAAUCCAGUCUCUGUCACUGGAAUGCUUGGUUAUGCCCUCACAGUUAUGGGAGUCAUCCUCUAUAGUGAAUCAAAGAAAAGAAGCAAAUGAGAACAAUGCAACUGAGGUGCACUUUCCUUCUAUAGUUUUUUUUUUUUGCACGGUGGCAGCAGUCGUCGAGUACCAGAGGCAGCAGCAUGUGUAGAUCGACCAUUGACUAUAGCCUCCAAAUUCUUUCUCCCUCCCCACUGAAAAGCUUAUUAGCUUAGGCAUUGGUUUAUAUUUGUAUCAUCCUCCCAAGAUCUGUCACAAAAUAGAAAUUUUAAUAAGGAAGAAUUAUGGGGUAAAGUUUUACUUCUUUAGAAAAGGAUUAAUAGAAUUGUUUAUUUCAUAAAAGUCGACUGUUAUUGUCACUCCUUGAUCAAUUAAGGGGGAAAAACAACCUUAUCUUUUACCAUUUUGGUACAUUAUUUUUGUUAAUUCCAAGUUAUACUGAACUUUAUUUGAGAGUCA